AUGCAGCUCUUCGGCUUCCAAGCCCCAGCAGACAUCUACAGACCUGAAUAUGGCGUCUCGAAAAACUUCUUAAGGCCAAGUCUACGCCUGCCGAGCCUCGGCCCAGUUCCAGAGCUCAGUGCUGACCUUAUUCCCAGCGUAAUCAUCAUCUCUCCGCGGAAUGAGGUCCUUCUCCUUCACCGCGUCAAGACAUCAACGUCUUACCCAUCGGCACAUGUCUUCCCAGGAGGAAACCUCUCCAGCCAGGACGGGCCAUGUCCACCGGUAGAUGACAUCUCCCGCCACGAUGACGGACCCUGGUAUCGAAACGCCGCCAUUCGCGAAUUGUUCGAAGAAAGUGGCAUUCUCCUGGCCAAGGACGCUGACUCGGGCAAGAUGCUCGCUGUACCACAGGAGCAGCGUGAAGCUGGUCGACGCGCGAUCCAUCAACAUAAGAUGACAUUCGCAGAAUGGUUAAAGGAACAGCAUCCCGCCGCAGUACCGGAUACGGAAGGUCUGAUAGCAUUCACACGCUGGCUCACGCCCAUCAGAUAUCCGAGACGGUAUACGACCCAGAUGUACCUGUACUUCUUACCAUUGCCGAUGGAGGUUGGGAAGCCCAUUCUGGAUGAGAUCCCACAUGAGGGUGAGAAAGAGGAGAUUCAGAUUCCGACGAGCGAUGGCGGAGUGGAGAUCUCUGAGGCGAGGUUCUUGCCUGCCUCGGAAUGGAUUCGCAUGGCGCAGAAGGGUGAGGCCAUUUUGUUCCCGCCUCAGUUCUUGCUGCUUCAUUUGAUGGCGGAUUUCCUGGCACAGGGAUCAUCGGGGGUGGAGUCUGUUGAGGAGUUGAAGAGGCAGCGAGAGGAAUUGUUGCAGUUCAUUCAUUCGGGCCAGCCGCCGUGGACGGACAAGUGUAUCUGUCCGAAGGCGCUGCAGAUUGCGUCUGAUGGCCAGACGGUGAUGAAGUUGGAUCAUCCUGGUCCGGAAUUGGAGGGUACUGACCGGAAGGGAGAUACGGAGCGGGUUGUACAGCUAAAGUUCAUCAAGGGUGUUCCUCGGGAGCUUGUGGUGCGGUGGAAGAAGGAUGUGUUUAAGGAGAGCCGUCUAUAG